AUGACGACUUGUAUAUUACACCCAAAAUUCUGUGAAAGGAAUUCUCACCUCUCACACCCUUUAUAUGAAAGGGAGAAAUCACGCGAAAAUAUUGCUGCAGACAUUUGGAGGGAUUUUAGAAAUCAAUAUCUGCGGACUUUUGCAGUGGGUACACAGAUCCUACUGGAUUUACAAUCAUUUGAUCCAUUGCAAGACACGCCCAUAGAGAUCUUGCAUGUUAUUCUUCUUGGUAUUGCAGAAUACCUGGUAAAUGAUUUGGUAAAUUCAGUGCUGGUAAAGAAAGAUGAAUUAAGACAACUUAUGGGAUAUUUGAAGGAUUAUAAGCAAUCCAAAGGCAUGUCUCGAAAGUUCACAAGAUUGCUUAGUGGAUGCGCUUCGUACCUUGCCAGAGACUACAAAUGUCUUAUACAGAUUCUUCCAGUCAUUUUAGUGAUAAAAUUUACUGGUAAUCCUGUAUUAAAAAACAUUACUCCAUGUUUUAUCCAACUUGGUCAACUUUGCUCACUUGUGUUUGUUAGAGCCAUAGAAUCUGGUCUAGAAACAUAUAUUCAUGAAGUUGACACCGCUGUUAAAGGUCUUAUCAAACAGCUUCUGGUUUAUGAUAAAAACUGCGAGCUCAAUAGACAUAACCCAUACACAUCAAAACUUAAGGCACAUUUAUUGACACACCUUCCAGACAACAUCAGAAGAUUUGGCACCCCUUUGCAUUUUGAAACGGAAAAAGGUGAGCAGUUUAAUAAGCAUAUACGUGAACACCUAUUCCACACCAACAAGCUUAAUACCUCUAAGGAUAUUGGUCUAAAGUUUGCGAAGCAAACUAUGAUGAGACAUAUCCUUGAUGGCGGUUCAUGGCCCGUUGAAAAUGGACUAAGAUUGUCUCGUGGAAAAGGUAUUAAGACAUAUAUUGAUUACACUGCUAGUGUUCACAAGUUUUGGAAUGUUUUGUUUGGCGGUUCCAGAGAGUUUGCAGAUAACAAUGAUGACGGUAGCAUUGUAAACAGUGAACUUUGUGACGAUACCUUUGCCUUGUUCAUGCCUAUGCACGGUGGAAGCCAAACCGUUCAUCCAAUUAUUGAAAAGGUUUCUUCUUCCCAAGUGAUUCAUCUUCACAUAGAUCUUCCUACUGACAUUGCUCAAAAGAAUAACUAUCUACUUGCGCGAGAAUAUUCUGGUAUGUCUACACUGUUGGAAGAACUAAAGAUGAUUCGCAUUCUUGACAUGUACACAAAGGUUGGUGAUGCAUAUGUGAUCAAUUUGAGCAAGUUCGGCUCUUAUUGGCAUUUCUACCCUUACUUCUCAACAAGUACUUAA